UGUGGGAAAAGUUGAGCUAAUCUUUGUGUGCGCAUGUUUUGCAAUCUCCCCGCAGUGUGUGUGAGAAACCAGAUCCUCUGCUCAGAGAUCGGAGCAGAUUCCCUCACAGUGACGUGUUGAAAGCCGUGAAAAAAAAAAGCGCAAAAACUCAGCUGCAGAGGCACUUGUCACCUGUAAUUGUUACAUUCAUUUAUAGCAUGUGGGAGUGGAAAGCUUGAUGUUUGUCCAAGACGUCUGUCUGUACACACACUCUGCGCUGCAGGCACUGAACAAGAAUCAUGCUCCUCUUAACUCUGCUGAUUAUUUUCGUGUCAAGUUCAACAUGCUCGGAGGUGCGUGUCCGUCAGAAAAGAGCCUGGAUCAUCGAUUCCUACUCGAUAGACGAGGAACACCCGGGGCCGUUUCCUUAUCUGCUGGGCAAGGUAAACAUCGACCGCGCUUAUCGGGUUUACUUUGAACUGCACGGCCAAGGAGUGGACCUGGAGCCGAAGAAUGUACUUCAAAUUAAUAAGGAGACGGGCGAAAUUUUUGUCCUUCGGCCUGUGGAUUACGAGAAGCAUCAAAUGCUAAAGCUAAGUUUCGAAGCCAAGAAGACGGAAAACUUUUUGAUUGACACUCGACUAGGAGUUGAGAUUUUAGUCAAUGACAUCAACGACAACCCCCCACUCUUUGAGAGACCUCUAUAUGAAGUCACGGUCGAAGAGGAUAGAAAACAAGGCUCCCAUCUCACCACUGUGCUAGCGUACGACGAGGACAAGAGAGACACCCUCAACUCAACUUUCCACUACCACAUCAAAUCGGUGUCCCCAAAGACUCCCAACAUUGAAUUCACCGUCAAAGAGACCGGAGCCCUGUCAUUUAAAGGCUGUUUCGAUCAUGAGGUGGCAAGCAAGUACACGUUGCUGGUAGAGGCCAUAGACCAAGGCGAGGUCGUCAAGUUGUCCAGUUCAACCACAGUCGUCAUCAAUGUGGAGGACGGCAACAACCACCUGCCAGUCAUCACGGGUCAAACGGGCUCUGGCAAAGUGAACGAAAACGAGUUUGGGGUCUCUCCUCUGCGCCUCCAUGCAAAGGACAGUGACAUGUUUCAGACCAAAGCCUGGAGAGUGCGAUACACCAUUCUAGGAGACAAGGAAGGACAGUUCAAGAUAGAGACGGACACAGAGACCAAUGAUGGGAUUCUGACUGUUGUAAAACCAUUAGACUUUGAAGAGGGAGCAACGAGAGAGCUGAAGAUCUCGUUUGAAAACGAAGCGCCAUAUCACUCCUGCAAAGUGAAGAGCCGUCCGUUCUAUGGCCUCUGGGACGUUGACAUCACUAAUGAGGAAAGUGGUGGCAUCAUUAGCAAAGAUACCACAACAGUUGUCAUCGAGGUAGUGGACGUGAACGACCCGCCGGUGUUCACCGUGACUGUCAAAGAGGCCAAGCUGCAGGAGGACGCGGCCAUCGGAACCUGGGUGGAGAAAGUGACAGCUGUGGACCGAGACUCCAGUUCUGCAAGCGAGUUCAUUUACAAAGUGGGACAUGAUCCUGCAGGCUGGAUGAAGAUCGACCCAAACACUGGGGACAUUACUACCAUAAAGAGGGUGGACAGAGAAUCCAUCCAUGUUGUCAACAACACUUACACCCUGAUACUGCAUGCAGUGGAUAAAGGUCAGCCAUCGAUGACAGGCACGGCUACACUGCAGAUCUACCUUAUAGACGUGAAUGACAAUUUGCCACAACUGACUGUGAAUGAUGUGGACGUCUGCUUGUCUGACGGCCCCAUCCCCACCAACAUCUCAGCCACUGACCAAGAUGGGAUGCCCUUUGGCGGGCCUUUCAUCUUUGAGCUGCUUGGGGACGUCAAAGGAAAAUGGAAACUGGAUCCAUCUUUUGGUUUUAAUGCUGGCCUGGUGAGGGAAUCCGGUGCGUAUGCUGGUUAUUACACUCUUAAAGUGAAGGUUUCAGACCUGCAGGGGGAGUAUAGCGUCUGUCGCCUGAACGUGACCGUGUGCUCUUGCUCUGUGGCACACAACUGCCGCAGUCGGAACGGCAAAACGCAUGACGUCGGCGGCGUCGUGGGCAUCGCACUGGCCUCGUUGGUUCUAACGUUCUUGGUGCUGCUGGCAGCAAUUAAGUGCACCUGCAAAGAGGAUUUUUCCCCAUUACAGACAGAUUAUUCUGGGUGUACAGGACACCUGAAAGAUUUUCACACUGAAAUACCAGGGACGGACUGCAAGGUGCUGCUACACGCUCACAUGAAAGAUGGUGAUAAGGACAAAAAUUCACCUAGUCAAGUUCCAAAGGGUCUCCCUACUGAAGAUGCUACCCCCGCGACCCGACCCCGGAUAAUCGGAAGAAGACGGACGGACAGACGGACGGAAGUUACAAAGGACUGGGAAUGGACGGGUACGGAUAAACGCAUCGACAAAUAUCACUGGGAGGGUCACAUGGAGAGAGACAGGUCCUCGGUCUAUAGAAGCUGGAGCAAGUGUGAAAAAAGCUACAAAUAUCAUGAAAUCAGAUUCCAUUCAGAAGAGGGAGCGCUGGUUGCCACGCGGAACUUGCUAACUGUGGACAACCUACCCGAUUAUGAGCCUCAUGUCUACGCAGAGGAGGGGGACCAAGACGCGGUAUCAGAUCUGGAUUACAAAUGUGAUGAAAAAGAACCUUCACUUGCUAGUGUGCUCGAGGAUUUAGGCCCAGCUUUUGAGGACCUGGCUUCCGUCUGUAUUUCACCACAAUUACAAAUCAAAAGCACAAAGACUAAAACCAUAUUUGUGCAACAUGACAUUUAAUGGCAAAUGUUGCACAUUUCUCCCUUUUU